UAGUGAACCCCGGCUUAGACAAUGAGGGGUGGGACAAAACUGCAGAUUUUAAAAUCUGUAAUCUAACCCUAAAUCAAGAACAUUGCUCAAAGAUAUACAUGCCACGACUCAAUAUGUUCUGCAACACGGCGAUCUACACCAUAUUUCGAUUCUACUUGGAAAUAGGACAUAUCGGAUUGUGCGUGAAUGAAAACUGAACUGCAAAGAGUUAGAGUUUACAACGAGAGUGCCAGGAUGUGGAAAAAGUUAAGGAUCCAGCACAUCUGGAUAUGACUCGCGCCGCUGAUUUCACUAUAGUCAUCGUUAGGAGAUAACAGUUUUAUGUUUUGAGUAAUAAGAGACGAGUUUCAUGAACAGAUGAAGUUUGAUCAACUUAAUUCGUGAGUGAGCGCAAGACGAAAAUCAGACAUGAAGGCUUCUGAGAUCCUCGCUGUACUGUUUGUUUUGGUGUGUUUAAGGAGAUAUGCAACUCUUGCAGAUCAUGUUUUGGCGGACUCUCCCUCAGAGAAUAAUAAAGGUGAAGAGGAAAUUUUACAGUGCAGCUGUGAGAAUACAGAUGAUUGCUUAAACAACACCUGCCAGGGCCGUAUUUGCCUCUACUCUUAUAACCAUGGGCGGGUAGUCAGGGGCUGUUUUCACAGCAGCGAGCAAUGCUACGUGCCUUCUGUACCUGAAGUGUAUACCAAGUGCUGCUUCACACAUCUCUGCAAUGCAAACCUCAGUGUGCCUGAAAAAGCAGAGGAUAAGUCCAUCAGAGUGAUUCUGCUGGUGGGACUGCCGUUGUUGGUGCUGCUGGUGUUGUCUAUGGUAGCCUGUGGGCUCGUGUUGUGGCUGCGUACAAGGCGACAGCACAACCAGCCGGUGGAACACGACACUUCCAUGCUCAAAGUCCCCAGUGGAGGGGACCCAACAUAUGGGGAUAUCUUUGAUGAGUUUUGCACAUCAGGCAGUGGGACCGGCCUGCCUUAUCUGGUGCAGAUGACCAUGGCUCGACAGAUCUCUCUGGCUGAAUGUGUUGGUAAAGGGCGUUAUGGAGAGGUAUGGAGAGGCACCUGGAUGGGAGAGAGUGUGGCUGUCAAGAUUUUCUCCUCUCGUGAUGAACAGUCCUGGUUUAGAGAGACUGAAAUCUACAACACGGUCCAACUAAGGCAUGAAAACAUCUUGGGAUUCAUAGCAUCAGACAUGACGUCUAAAAACUCGAGCACUCAGCUGUGGCUGGUCACACACUUCCAUGAGUUGGGCUCCCUCUAUGACUUCCUGCAGUACAGCACGCUGGACCCCGAGAGCUGUCUGCGCAUGUGCCUGUCCAUUGCCAGCGGCCUUGUGCACCUCCACACGGAGAUCCUCAGUACACAGGGCAAACCGGCCAUUGCACACCGAGACCUGAAGAGCCGCAACAUUCUGAUGAAGAGAAAUGGCCAGUGCUGCAUCGCAGACCUGGGCCUGGCUGUCAUUCACUCUCAGUCUAAUGACUAUCUGGAUGUGGGCAACAACCCCAGAGUGGGCACCAAACGUUAUAUGGCACCGGAGGUUUUGGAUGAGAGUAUUCGUGUUGACGUUUUUGAGUCCUAUAAACAAACUGACAUCUGGGCCCUGGGUCUCGUCUUGUGGGAGAUAACUCGUCGAACUAUUGUAAAUGGGAUUGUGGAGGAGUACAGACCGCCGUUCUUUGACGUGGUGCCCUCUGAUCCAAGUUUCGAGGAGAUGAAGAAAGUGGUGUGUGUUGACCAGCACAGGCCCAGUCUCCACAAUCGACUACACUCUCAUCCGAUCCUGUCUGCAAUUGCGAAAAUUAUGAAAGAGUGCUGGUUCCAAAGCCCUUCAGCUCGACUCACUGCUCUGCGUGUGCGAAAGACCCUCUCCAAACUGGACCAGGAUCAUGAAUAUGACAUAGACAAGCUAAAACUGGACCUCUAGAAUAAACCCCCUGCCAUGCAUUUCCAAGGAAGUUAAAUUCUAACAGCCUCACAUAAUAUAUUCAAUUCAUCCAUAUGAGUUCUUUCAGACUAUUUUAAAGUGCUUUUCAAGCUUCUUGUCUUAAGGCUCCACUGAACAUGGUUUAUCUUAUCAUGUCAUUGGUUCACUGUGCGAAGUCGAGGCCAUAACUCUGCUGUUAAAUGUUUCUCCUCAAAUAUAUCCACACGACUGCUUUUCUAGGACCUGCAUAUUUCAGCACAGUGACUCAUUUGUUACUAAAAUUAAAACAAGGUUGAUAAACCCACAAAAAAUCUUUAAAAUAUAGUGAGAUGGUUUUUUCAGGCAGGAUGUGGGUCAUUCUGGACUUCUUCACUGCGGUGUUUCCUGAAAUUCUUAACUUCCUAAACAUGACUCUAAUCUAGAAAGGUUGGCACAUGCUUAAGACUGUGUGUUGCACUUAUUAUUAUUAUUUAUUUAUUUUUGUAGCUGUUUUUUGGUUCCAUGAAAGACUUUGAAAUGGACCAUCUUUUUAAGAACAAGAACUGCAUUACAACUUGCACCAAGUAAUUAUUAAAACAGAGGACAUAUUAGUAUAGUGCACUUUUAUAAAUUGUUAAAUAUUUUUUACAAGAUAAAAAUUGCAAUCAUAUUACUCUAGCUGUAAUAUAUCUUUUGUUAUAAUGUACAAUAUAUUUGCUUUUUCAGAAAUAAUAAUAAAAAACAUUUGUAUACAA